CGGAAAGCAAUACCUGUCUUGUUCAACUCUAAUCUUCUUCCGAGGACAGCUUCAUGCAAGACAUCGGUUCCAUCCCUCUCUUCUUUACCCCCUGCCAUCCGUACACAACUUGAAAACAGCCCAGCUCAUAAUGUCUUGUUCACUCGCACCUCAGAGACCGGGUAUGCCCGCCCGUCAGAUCUCUGCCAGCAGUUUCGCUGAAGAGUUUGACACUGCUCGAAACCGGCUUACGAAGCUGGACUUUGAGCAAGAGCAUAAGCCAGGACAUGAGCACGAGGACGAAAGCCCCAUAGCCUCACCCUCUUUGUCCUCAAGCGACUCUCUCACUUCCGAGGAGCCAUCUCCUCUCGGGAGCGAGGACGGGGAUGAUGAUGCCACUCCCUUCACCCCCAUGUUGGACCCGGACAGCGACAACGUGGCAGACAACUUUGCAUUUGCCUUUGACAUCGACGGCGUCUUGGUGCGGGGCGGGAAGCCGAUCCCGGAAGCUACUGAGGCGAUGAAGGUACUCAACGGUGAAAAUGAGUACGGUAUCAAAGUACCUUACAUCUUCCUCACCAACGGCGGCGGCAAAUUCGAAUCCGAGCGGUGCGCCGACCUCUCGCGCCAACUCGACAUGACCGUCUCCGAAGGCCAAUUCAUCUGCGGCCACACGCCCAUGCGCGAGCUUUCCUCUCGCUACCGCGAUUGCCCCGUCCUCGUCGUAGGCGGCGAAGGCGAAACGUGCCGACUAGUCGCUGAAUCCUACGGGUUCCACGACGUCAUCACGCCCGGCGACAUUCUCAAAGCCAACGCCAGCACCGCUCCCUUUCGCCGCCUCACGCCCGCCGAACACGCUGCCUCGCGCGACCUUUUGUCCAGCCGCCGCCGCCGCCGCCGCCCGGAAGUAAGAAAAUUAAGCGACAUCGUCAUUUCCGCUGUCUUUGUCUUUGCCGAUAGUCGUGAUUGGGCGUCGGAUUUACAGAUUAUCUUGGACAUUGCGCAGUCGCGCGGCGGCAGGCUGGAGACGCGGUCGGAAACGUUUGAUGAGGGCCCGCCGAUCUAUUUCUCGCAUAGUGAUGUGGUGUGGUCGGCGGCGCACGAACACGUGCGGUUGGGAAUGGGUGCGCUGCGCAAGAUGGUGGAGACGGUGUUUGAGGAGACGACGGGCGGGAAGAAGUUGGUUACACAUGCGUUUGGGAAGCCGCAGGUGGGCACGUUUGAGUUUGCUGAGCGCUUGUUGAGGCAGUGGCGGGCGGAGAAGCAUGGGCUUGGGCUUGGGACUUUACACGGGCGAUCCCAGGCGCCGGCUGUGAGGACGGUGUAUUUUGUGGGAGAUACGCCGGAGAGUGAUAUCAAGGGGACGAAUGCCAUGGAUGAAAAGAGCGGGAGGGAGGGGACGGAGUGGUAUUCGAUUUUGGUCAAGACGGGGGUGUAUCAGGAGGGCACGGAGCCGAGAUACAGGCCGAGGAAGUUGGUGGGAAAUGUGCUGGAUGCGGUUCAUCAUGGGAUUAGGAGGGAGAUGGCGAGGAAGAAGACGGCUACGGAAGGGAGGUUGUUGUCGUUGGAUGAGGAUGUGUUCAAGAAGGUGGGGGAAGGGAGGAUGCCGGAGAUUGUGGAGAGGGUUGGGCCGUUUUCUGAGCAGUGA